UAAAGGCCUCUGCUGAGUUCCUGCAGCCACUGGCCUUCAGAGCUCCACAUCCCCUGCACACUUGGAUCCUGCUGGAACCUCCAGGACAUGAGCUUCCCAGCGGGCUCAGGGGUCUCUUGCCCCCGGGCCAGCCCAGGGUUGCUGCUCCUGGGGCUGCUAUUCCUGACAGCUGCUGCGGUUGCCACCACCAGCGCCAGCGCUGACCCUGAAGAAGGCGUUGGGGACCUGCAAUGCCUGUGUGUGAGGACCAUCUCCCGGGUCCCUCCCAAGCAUGUCGCCAGCCUGGAGGUGAUCAAGGCCGGACCCCACUGCCCCACUGCCCAACUGAUAGCCACGCUGAAGCAUGGACAGAAAAUUUGCCUGGACCCGCAGGCCUCUAUACAUAAGAAAAUAAUUAAGAAACUUUUAGAGAUUUAGCUAUUAGCUACCUUAAUCUGUGCCUUUGCUAUAUAAUGCAUUUUAGUUUCUUUUUACUUUCUGUCUAACUGAAAGAAUUUUCUGCUGUUUGCUGUAUUCUUCUAAUCUUGAAUAAACAAAAUAAAUUAA